GGGGGCGGGGGCUCAGCCGCUGCCGCCUCACCUGCCCCAGGUGCCAGCGACAUCGAGCGGCUCCUGGCCGCCUUCUGCAGCCAGCAGGGCGCUGUGGUGGAGGCUGCGCGGAGGCUGCUGACGGACGAGCGGGCUCCCCACAGGCAGAAGCUGCUGGCGGAUCUCAUCCACAACCUGAGCGAAAACAUCCUGGCCGAGGAUAAGGAAGACGACAAGAAAUGGUUUGAAGGGCUGGAGUCUCGAUUCAAGAACAAAUCCAGCUACCUGCGGCACAGCUGUGAGAGCAGAAUGCGGGGCUACAUGAGAGAGGUUAGUGGUUUUAUUUCAAACGUUCAUCCUGCAGCACGAGAUGCCUACAGAGGGAUAAUCGACCUGAUGGCAGAUAAACUGAAAUCUGUGAAGUACAACGGGUGCUACUUUGACAGAAAGGAGGAGGAGGAGGCAGCACGCCUGUGCACUGCAGAGGGAUGGUUCUCCUGUCAGGGACCUUUUGACAGAGAUGACUGCCCGUGCAAGCAUUCCAUCAACCCCUACAGCAACAGGGAAAGCAGGAUCCUCUUCAGCACCUGGAAUCUUGACCACAUAAUUGAGAAGAAACGUGCUGUUGUCCCAGAACUGGCAGAAGCUGUCAAAACACGAGAUGGGAGAGAAGUGAACUGGGAAUACUUCUAUCAGCUGCUGUUUACCCUGGAUAAUUUAAAACUCGUACAUAUUGCUUGCCAUAAGAAAACCAAUCAUAACCUCAGCUGUGACAAAACCAGAAUUUACAGAAAGAGGAAGCAAACCCAUGAGAUUUCCUAGUGCUGUCUCUGGAAGGGACCUGCUGUUUUUUUCAAUCAUGUCAGUCUGUUGUUUUUAGAUAGCUCCAAUUUCUUAAAUAAGAACUAUUUGAGAGUCCCUGGCACAAGACUGGCUGGGUAACCCAACCAGAGCCUCACAAAUCACACUCCAAUAUCAAUUUAAUUCUCCUCUCCUGCCUUCUCACUCCUUACAAGCUUCCUUUAGCUCAGUUCAAGUGUGAUAAAGGUACAAAAUGAGCUGACACUGAUUCAACCCUGUCAUCUCUGGCCAGUGUUGGCCCCAAACUCACAGUACACAGAAAUGAAAUUUGGACAAAACAUUUCUUACAAACUAACCUGCAGGGGCUCAUAGACUCCUAUUCCUCUAGAGAUUAAGCCAAAGAAGGAUUUAGGAUCAUGUUUUACUCUGUGCCUUUUGCAGGUAGGAACCUGUGUAUUUCAGGAAUGCCAAAGGUGAUUCAGCUGCAAAGCUGCCACCUCACCUGUGCCAAACUCCUGCCCCUGUGCCAUUGCUUCAGAUGUGCAUCUCCCAGAAAGAGCAAGGCCAUGGCAUAUGCCCACAUUUUUGCUUUUCCCACCUCUGUUUGCCAUCUUCCCUGCUGAUUUCCCUCUCCUUUCUAACACUUCCUGCCUCUUCAGCUUGAGUUUGCUUGGCACAGCCCCAGCAAGGACUACAAUAAUGUUUACAGUAAUGUUUACCUACUGCCUUGGAGAGUAUUGCUUUGAUAUAGCAUUUCCUACCUCAGGCAACAAAUCAGGAAUAGUUCCAUUUUUUACUUGAAUUUUUUUUCUUUAAUACCAGCUGAUAGCAACUAAACUUUUGGAAUUGUCAAUGUAAAUUGUAUGAACUUUUUAAAUUAAAAAAUGCCCCCACAUCUGUGUGUGUGUG